UAUGCCUUUUAAAGUCUCGUUCGAGUGUCAAACGUGCCGUUCGAUGUCAUAGUGUCAAAUAAUCGAUACACACGUCUCAAUUUGAACGUUUUAUACCAUACACCGCAUUGAGAUAUAAAAUAUUCUGAGUUUCACUGGCAAUCACGAUUGAAACCACAGUAUAUCCCUCGAAAAUGAGGGAGGAGAGACUGGAUGUAGAUCAACCUUUAUGGGAUCUUAGCACUUUCGCAGGCAGAUGGAAGCAUUUCGCUUGGCAAACCGAUUUUCGCACUUGUACUGUCAGUAAUUCCGAGUUGCUAGAGGCAAAGAAACUACUCGAGGACUAUAAACUUGGGAAAGAGCCAGCUGGUACAACCCGGGAGCAAGUUGUCUAUGCUAAGAAGCUUUACGAGUCGGCCUUUCAUCCCGACACCGGUGACCUGCAAAAUGUCUUCGGUAGAAUGUCCUUCCAAGUGCCAGGUGGAAUGCUUAUUACCGGUGCCAUGCUUCAGUUUUACAAAACGACUACAGCUGUGGUUUUUUGGCAAUGGGUGAACCAGUCGUUCAAUGCGUUGGUUAAUUACACGAACAGAAAUGCCAACAGCCCUACAACCGUGUCUCAAUUAGGGGUGGCAUACUUCAGUGCUACUUCAGCGGCUAUGAUAACGGCUAUAGGAUGCAAAUCAUUUUGGGCAAAACGGGCGAGCCCUCUUAUGGCGCGUUAUGUGCCAUUUGCUGCCGUGGCGGCUGCAAAUUGUGUGAACAUUCCCCUGAUGCGACAGAACGAAAUCACCAGUGGAAUUGACAUCAGCGAUGAGAACGGCAAUAAAUUGACCAAGUCAAAACUCGCAGCAGUUAAAGGCAUUAGUCAAGUAGUCAUCUCGAGAAUCGUUAUGUGCGCACCUGGCAUGUUGAUCCUCCCACCUAUUAUGGAAAGACUAGAAAAAUACGCUUGGAUGCAGAAGAUCAAAUUUUUGCACGCACCUAUACAAGUUAUGUUAGUUGGUUGUUUUCUGACGUUCAUGGUUCCUACGGCGUGUGCAUUAUUCCCACAAAACUGCUCAAUUAAAUCUAGUACUUUGGAACGCUGGGAACCUGAGAAUUACGAACUCUUAAAGAAGAAUUGCGAAAUCAAGAAAAUACCCACAUACUUAUAUUUCAACAAAGGUUUAUAAUUAAUGAACGCUGUAGUCGUGAUAAAAGAUCAUCAAGGGUGCUCUUUUUCAUCGUCCUGCAUAAGAUAAUAAAGUGAUUAAUAACUAAAUUGAACAAAUUUUCGCCUACAAUAAGUCAUCAGGAAUAUUUGUAGUUUCCUGCUGGUCCAGAGAAUGAAGAAAGCUUGUUCUAAGGACAAGAAAUACGACAAUAUCAUAUUACAAAUUAUUUUUAUCCUAUAUAGCAAUACGUUUUGUUUGUAAGAUUUAUUAUGUAUCUAAGUGAUAUGUCGGUGUAAAUUAUUAUUCAUUAUGUAUUUUCAUCAAUAAUGAUUAGGAUUAAUGAUGAUUCCUCUUGCAAUAGGAAUAACAUUAGUAAAAACAUUAAUAACUACCUUUUUGCACGCAAAAUAUUUCGGACGAUAAUAAUUUGUUUUUACUGAACGCUCAAUCGUUUUACUUUAAUUAAACUAGAUAAACAAUAUUUCUUUAAAGAGUGUUUAGAUGAUUAAUAUAUAUUGUCUAUAUUUCAAGAUUCUCAACAUUAUUAUACGCAGAGAACAAUUAAUAUAUUGAUCAUCUGAGGAUUCCUUACUUACGAGAAUGUUGAGAACUCUGAAAUAUAAACAAUAUAUAUCAAUCAUUUUAACUCUGUAAUAAUUUAUACUAUGUUUUAAUAUCAUAUAUUGUUAAAUCUCUGAUUUUAGAUUUUAAAAUCAUGUCGACGUUACUAAUUGUUACUACCUCCUUGAACUGUUAACAAAAGAAAAAGGUACCAUGUAUAUUUUAGUAAUAUUACAAUAAACUUGGAAACUGAAUUUCAA